ACCCCAUCAAUCGUAAGCAGCUGGCUCACUCAAUUCUCCUGCCUCACCUCCUCCUAUAACUUGAGUCGAGUUCCUUCCGUAUAUAUAUAUACAGGGAGUGGUGGUGUCAUCACAACACCAGCCAACAGCCAGAGAUCGAUGAGCACUGAAUUCUUUAGAGUGCACAAGUUUCACCAGGAGUUGAGAGCCAGGAGGAUGGAGAUGCAGCCGGAGCUGUCGCUGGGGCCAGUGUGGCCGGCGCUGGGCUUUGCCUCGGCCUCGGAGAAGAACACCAAGCAGAAUAGCUCGUCUUCUUCCGAGUCGGACGGCAGCUCCCGGAAGAGGAGGAAGCAUUACAACGCCUGGGAGGAGGAGCCCGUGUCGCACCCGCACCUGGAGCUCCAUCUCAAUGACCCCCUGCCCCUGGACUGGGAGCAGUGCCUCGACCUCCAAUCCGGAAAGAUGUAUUACCUCAACAGGAAGACUCUGAAGAGGAGCUGGAACAGGCCCAAGGAGCAGGGCGUGAACCUGGAGCUCAACAUGUCCACAACGCCGACGAAGCAAGCCGUCGUUGCGGACGACGGCAACACCGGCGCCACUGCUCCUGCUACCCUCUCACAAGCAGCAGCGACAAAGAGAGGCGGCACCGCCGGUGGCAACAUGAUCGCCGUGCCAUGCAGCAACUGCCAUCUCCUCGUGAUGAUGUGCAAGUCCUGCCCCACCUGCCCCAACUGCAAGUUCGUGCAGUCGUUGGCGCCGGCGCCGGCGACGCCACAAGCGGCAGCUCACCGCAUGCUCGACGCCGCCGUGAAGCCGCUGCAGACCCUGAGCCUUCUCCACUAGGCGGACAGGAUGGCUGUAGAGAGGAAACCCUAGUAGCUACUAGACCUUACCAAAAUCAGGGUUAGGAUUUGGGGGAGGCACCACCGACCACCGACUAUGCAUGCAUGUUGAUCAAGGGCUGGGGCAAGUAAGUAAAUCUAGUGUGUACGUAACUGUCAUCAAGUAUAAUUAAUCAAUAGUAAUGGUGAUAAAUGUGGCAGCAA